ACUUCGUGCGAGCGAAGCUGAAUGGAGGCAGCCUCUUCCUGGUGGAUAAACAGUGACAGCUACAGGGCAGCCACCUAGACCCACCACACAGGCUCUGGCGCUGCCCUGGCAAACAACACCAAAAUGGCUUCAGACAGUAUACACAUCGCGCAGUUGACUUCUGAACUGUACUUCCUAAUAGCCCGAUUUCUAGAAGCUGGACCGUGUCAAAAAGCAGCCGAGACCCUGAUAAGGGAGGUGGAGGAGAAGGAGCUGCUGCCCAAAAGGCUGGACUGGACGGGGCAGGAACACCCCGGGACGUACGAAAAUUUGGUAAAGCUCUACAGGCACAUCACGCCAGACCACCUGCUGCAGGUCUGCACCAGAGUUUGUCCGCUGCUGGAGAGGGAGGUCCCUGCCAGUGUGCCUGGACUCACCAGCCUUCUAGGAGCUGGCAGACAGAAUCUUCUCCGCACCACCAAGAGUUGCAAACAUGUUGUGUGGAAAGGCUCAGCGCUGGCUGCGCUGCACUGUGGACGUCCACCGGAGCCACCUGUUAUCUACGGGAGCCCGCCAAAUAUUGUGGAGACGAGCUUCUGCCGUCGACUGAAUGGCGCCUACCGUCUCCGUCAGUUGUUGCCCACGGCCGUGUACACACACAUGAAGAUGCACAAGAGGAUCCUGGGACACUUGUCGUCCGUGUACUGCGUGACCUUCGACAGGACGGGACGACGCAUCUUCACCGGCUCAGAUGACUGUCUCGUGAAGAUCUGGGGAACAGAUGACGGGCGUCUGCUGGCAACCCUGCGCGGCCACGCUGCCGAGAUUUCCGACAUGGCCGUCAGCUAUGAGAACACCAUGAUUGCCGCCGGCUCCUGUGACAAGACCAUUAGAGUGUGGUGCUUGCAAACCUGCGCUCCUUUGGCUGUCCUGGAGGGACACGCAGCCUCCAUCACCUCACUGCAGUUUUCUCCUCUCUGUAGCGGCUCCAAGCGCUACCUGUCCUCCACCGGAGCUGAUGGCACCAUCUGCUUCUGGCAGUGGGAUGCACGGACACUCAAGUUUGGUCAGAGGCCCAGUAAAUUCACAGAGCGCUCUAGACCCGGCGUCCAGAUGAUCUGCUCCUCCUUCAGCGCAGGUGGUAUGUUCCUCGCCACAGGAAGCACAGACCACAUCAUCAGGGUAUACUACUUUGGCUCAGGCCAACCAGAAAAGAUCUCUGAGCUUGAGUCCCAUACGGACAAAGUUGACAGCAUCCAAUUUUCACAUUGCAGUGACAGGUUUGUGAGCGGCAGCAGGGACGGUACAGCUCGGAUCUGGCAGCUUCACCCUCAGGGCUGGAAGAGCAUUCUGCUGGACAUGCAGACCAAAUUACCCGGGAAGUACAACCCUCCGCCGCUGGAAGACAAGGUGACCAAGCUGAAGGUUACCAUGGUGGCAUGGGAUCGCCAUGACAGCACAGUGAUAACGGCGGCCAACAAUCUGACGUUGAAAGUGUGGAACUCCAUCACUGGAAAUCUGGUCCAUGUCCUGAUGGGUCACGAGGAUGAAGUGUUUGUUCUGGAGCCACAUCCCUUUGAUCCGAGAAUCCUUUUCUCAGCGGGGCAUGAUGGGAAUUGUAUUGUGUGGGAUCUAGCCAGAGGAGUGAAGAUCCGCUCCUAUUUCAACAUGAUUGAGGGCCAAGGGCACGGAGCGCUGUUUGACUGCAAAUGCAGUCCAGAUGGGCAGCACUUUGCGGCCACCGAUUCCCACGGUCACCUGCUCAUCUUUGGUUUCGGCUCCAGCAGCAAGUACGACAAGAUAGCAGAUCAGAUGUUCUUCCAUACUGACUACCGGCCACUGAUCCGGGAUGCCAAUAACUACGUGCUGGACGAACAAACUCAGCAAGCUCCACACCUAAUGCCCCCUCCCUUCCUGGUGGAUGUGGAUGGGAAUCCACAUCCACCAAGAUACCAGCGGCUGGUGCCCGGAAGGGAGGGCUGCAGGGAUGAGCAGCUGAUUCCUCAGAUGGGGGUCACUUCCUCAGGCCUGAAUCAAGUGGUGAGUGAACAGGCGGUGGAUGGUCCCAGUCCUCUGGACACCAUGAUUCAGAGGCUGCAGCAGGAACAGGACCAAAGACUGGGAACCAAUGACAUCUCUGCUGCUGCCUCAAACACCAGGUCCAGCAGAGGAUCUGUGGGAUCUCCCACUGAGGUGCACUCCCCGCCCAACGUGGGUCUACGGCGCAGCGGGCAGAUCGAGGGAGUCCGCCAGAUGCACAGCAACGCCCCUCGCAGCCAAAUGGCCACAGAAGGAGAUCUGGUAGCCUGGAGCCGCAGGGUGCUGGUCCCUGAGCUCGAAGAAGCCUCUGUCAGGAGACAAGUGAACUGGCGUGAAGCUAAAGGAGAGGAAGAGAUCAAUAUUUAUCAGUCAGAAAGGAGAAGACGUACUCUCCACUCUCUCCCCAAGGAGAGCAGGGUUCAUCCGACAUCAGAGUGUGUGGUAGAUGAAGCGAGGAGGAGCCAAGGUAACCAUGGCUAUCAAACCCGCGCUGCCAUGGAAGAGACAAGUCGGCAGAGUGCUGAGGCUGCAGAUGAGGAUGAUAGCACCUCAGAGGGAGAGGUGGAGGUACGGCAAAUCAACGGGCACUCCUCAGAGGAGGAGAAGGAUGAUGAGGAGAAGGAGCCCUGGCCAGAUGAGCAUAGUAGUUCGAGCGAUUACUCCAGCGAUUAUUCGGACUGGACAGCCGAUGCCGGGAUCAACCUUGAACCACCCAAGAAGAGCGUUAAAGUGAAGAAGAAAAGCAGCGGCUCAGAGGAGGAUGGGGAGAAGAAGAGAGAGGGGAAGAAGGAAAGGAAGAAAGACAAAGCAGACAAAGAUGGCGCAUUACCAAAGAAGAAGAAGCCAAAGGAGAAGAGGAAGAGGACGCAGUUUCAGGAGCAAGGGCUAACUCUGGAGGAAUGGCUUCCCUCUGCCUGGAUCACAGACACGGUCCCCCGGAGAUGUCCUUACAUACCCCAGAUGGGCGACGAGGUGUACUACUUCAGACAGGGCCAUGAAGCUUACGUGGAGAUGGCCAAACAGAAAAAAAUUUACAGCAUCAAUCCUAAGAAGCAGCCGUGGCACAAGAUGGAGCUCCGGGAGCAGGAGUUGAUGAAGAUAGUUGGCAUCAAGUAUGAGGUGGGUUUGCCCACGCUGUGCUGCCUGAAGUUGGCGUUUCUGGACCCAGACACUGGAAAAUUAACCGGGGGAUCUUUCUCUAUGAAGUACCACGACAUGCCUGAUGUAAUCGACUUCUUGGUGUUGCGGCAGCAGUUUGACAACGCCAGAAAAAGGCAGUGGCGCAUAGGUGACAGGUUUCGGUCAGUGAUCGAUGAUGCCUGGUGGUUUGGGACCAUUGAGAGCCAGGAGCCCUACCAGUCCCAGUAUCCUGACAGCUUGUUCCAGUGCUACAAUGUCUGCUGGGAUAAUGGAGACACAGAGAAGAUGAGUCCUUGGGAUAUGGAACCCAUCCCCGAUGAUGCCACGUUUCCAGAUGAGCUGGGCCAGAGUGUUCCGCUCAUCGAAGAGGAGCAGAAGGAGCUGCUGUACGUUCCCCUGGACGGUGAAUGGGGCUGCCGCACACGCGCCGAGGAGUGCGAACGCAUCAUCAAAGCCAUCGACCAGCUCUGCACACUCGAUGUGGCAGCACCAUUUGCCUUCCCAGUGGACCUGCAAGCGUACCCCACGUACUGCACAGUAGUGGCCUACGUCACUGACCUCAGCACUAUACGCCAAAGGCUGGUGAACCGCUUCUACAGGCGGCUCUCCUCUCUGAUGUGGGAGGUUCGCUACAUAGAACACAACGCCCAGACGUUCAACGAGCCGGGGUCAUUCAUCGUCACCACCGCCAAGUUUGUCUCUGACCUCAUGCUGCAGUUCAUUAAGGACCAAAGUCUGACAGACAUCAUGCCCCUCUAUAAAACUAUGAAGAAGGCAACCUUCUCUGACUCUGAAGAUGAGGAUGAUGAGGAAGAGGACGAAGAUACUAAUACUCCUGGAACAUCCACACGAAACCACAAGGCCCGUCGACCCAUGCAGCGCCAGCUGCGAGCUCGACCUCAUUCGUACGACCCUCACGCGUGGAAGGGACGCUGCAAAGAGCUGCUGGAUCUCAUCUUUCAAUGUGAAGACUCUGAGCCCUUCAGAGAACCUGUAGACCUACAAGAGUACCCGGACUACCUGCAAAUAGUUGAAUCACCGAUGGACUUUGGCACUGUUCUCAACACGCUGACGGAAGGAAAGUACCAGUCUCCCAUCGAGCUCUGCAAGGAUGUCAGGCUCAUUUUUAGCAAUUCCAAAGCUUACACGCCCAGUAAGAAGUCUCGGAUUUAUAGUAUGAGCCUAAGGCUUUCUGCCCUGUUUGAGGAGCAUAUCAGCCCCAUCCUGGCUGACUACAAAGCCAUCCACGGCCUGACUGAUAAACUGACCAAACAAGGCACCGAUAGACAGACACGACACACUACAGACAGACAGACACGGCACGUAAUGAAGAGGAGGAGGAGGAGAAGCGAAUCUCCUGCAAGCAGCACCGCGUCCAGCCCAGAGAGAAAGAGACGCGUAUCGUCCAGAGUGAACGCAAAGAAGGAGCCUUCGCCUGUCCCUUCACGACCCUCCUCUCUGAGGCAGAGCAUCCCCGUCAAGCAGCAGCCGCCUCAGAUGGUCAACGGCAAAGCAGAAACGCCAGCUCCAGGACGCACGCGUAGCGCUGCGCGCCAUACUACACACUCACUACCCUCCUCAUCCUCAUCACAUAACGUCAUGAACAGCACGCCGAGCACAACAGAGUCGACUCGCUCGUUGCGGGCUCAUAACUCUGUGCCAGCUUUGUCAUCACCAGCUCCUGAGAAGGUGACACCUUCCCAACCCACAGAGAGUAGCAGCGGAAGCACUCGACGGAAACUCAGGACACCUGUUCGACACACACCAGGCUCUCCUGGCAGCACUUCAUCUCAUAGCACAGUCCACCUGAAUGGCCACAGUGGUCAUGUGACCCUAGGUGUGGGAAGAAGGGGGAGGAAGUCGAGAAUAGAGCCGCCAGUGAGUCCACCAGAGGUCUCAACCCCGGCCAGCCCUUCAAGACCGCGAGGUCGCCCACCUGGCAAGAAGAGAGGCAGGAAGAGCAAGCAGGAGGCGGAGGACACAAGACAGAGCGGCAGCCGCAGGAGCUUUACCCCUGACGACGAGGUCGACCCGUCUACAGGCGACGAAGGCGGCAUGUCUUCUGCACAGGAAGUGUUGUCGGACUCUGGCAUGGCGUCGACGCCGAGACGGCGUGGCCGGCCCCGAGUGGUGAGAAUCGAGGAACCUGCUCCUCCUCCUGAGUCACCGGAGCCCUCGCCGCUGAGGAGGAGCAGCAGAAGGGCCAACGAAGAGGGCACGCCUCCGCUCCAGACCCAACGAUCCAGCCGGAAAGAACCUCCUAAGGAGGAGGAGGAGGCAGGCGACGAGGCAGGAGGGUCCAUGCGCACACGUAACCAAGGUCGACGGUCAGCCUGGUAUAUGGAGGAGGACUCUGAGGAGGAGCAGAGGCAGCUGCUGUUUGAGGACUCAUCAAUAACCUUUGGCACCUCCUCAAAAGGGCGUGUCCGCAAACUGACAGAGAAAGCCAAAGCCAACCUGAUAGGCUGGUAACAGAGGAGACACGCAGGCUGGGACAUGUUCGCUCGUGCGCUGGAGGACUAGGAGGGCGGAGUGGAGGAAGUCACGCUUAGCGGUGUAUGCAUUUGUGUGUGCGUAUGUGUGCGUACAUCCAUGGAGUCGCUGGUUCAGCUGCUGCUAUUUGAAGCUGAGGAGAGCAAAGAGUUACCAGCCCACUCCUUGUCCACCCCCCCCCCCCCCCCCCCUUCCUCUCUUGCCCAGUAAGCACAUCUGUACGACAUCCGAUGGCAUGUUCGCGUGUUCCAGCUCCUCCUACAUUAUUGAUCCAUGUUGGAUCCCGCAGGAGCGCGAAUCACAGAAUCUCAUGUCGACGGUGUUGUGACUCCUCUCUUGUGAACCACUCUGUCUCCUUCUGACCUUGUACACGGUUUGGUGUCAGAUUGGGUAAAGUUGUUGGUAGUUGGAGACUUUUAGUACUUGAAAAAAAAAUCACGAGGAGGCCAGAUGUAUCUUAUCUAACUUUUACUAUUUUUGAGGACUUUUCAAGCGUCUCCGCCGGACAGAUGGAAGAUGCCCACGGAGCUGAACGCGGUAAUGGACGACGGGACUGCUGGCCUAACACGUCCUUUGCCCGCUUCCCCCUCUCUCCCUCCCUUCCUCAUUGUUCCCAGUCUUUUUUUAUACAACCUGCUCUCUGCUUUUUCUAAGAUUUGUACGUGAUCACUGCUCUCUGUUUUGGAAGUCUUACACGUUGGCUGACCUAUCUGUCUGCGCUAAAAUACCAAAUGGUGUACCUUUUUGGAGGUACUGUAGAUCUGUAGGUUUUGUUUACUAUUGAUGUGUGUGGUUGUUUUUUCUUUUCCUUUCUUUUCUCUUUGCAUGUUAUUAGAAAGAGGAAGCAACUUUUUUUCCUUUUCCUGAUGCUGUUUUUACUGUGGUGAGGAGGAGAAAAAGGAUGCAUGGGUGAAAAGGGUCUCUAUGUCUCUCUAGUUCAUGUUUCAAAGCGUCCUCAACAUUAGCAAUACCUUGUGCCUUUAUGUCUUUUGUAUGGGUGUGUGCGUGCAUGUAGGUGUAUGCGUGCUUGGCUUCUGCCCUGCGAAGUACAUGUGCCUGUUUGUGUACGAACUUAGUUGUGACUAUGCGGGUAAUUGAAGGAAUGUGUGUAUGUUUUUUCGUUUGUUUGUUUUUUUAAUAACACAACUGAGCGUGUCAUUUCAGCGUGCAAACAGUGGCAUACAGUUUGAUCGUUGUGAAAACCUCUCAAAGAAAUGUAUUUAUAGCAGCUGAAAAGAAAUUUACUGUUGUUGUAAGCAUACCAUUACUCAUGUCGAUAUAUUAUCCUAUAACCAACCUAUUGUCAGUUUAUACCUAAGGUACAGAGGGGUGGAGCUUCGGGUGACUAGCUUUGAGAUGCACUUACCAGAGACCGGUUAUCAAUGCAGUCUUAGGGAGUAACCAUGUGUAUUUUAAAAUCUUUAAACAUAUAAAGUUUUAAAGUGUCGAUAUGUUUCCACGGUGACUCCAAACUUGUACGCACACACAUAGACACACGCAAAUCUGUCUCGCAUGUUCUAGCACUUUCUCACGCCUGCAGCAAACAGGAAGGAGACGGAUCAAACUGGGAUCGGACUGAAUUGGAACUGAAAGCAAACCGGAGAAAGAGACAAGUCUUACCUUCAUCUUUCUGAUUGUGUGCCUUUGCUAGUCUGGCAUAUUGAAUCCUUGCUUUCUCCUCUUUGGGGCCUUUAUUUUUUUAGUGUUUGUUAUCGUUUCGGAUCUCCCGGUCCCGCUCGUCGCUGGGAUCAUAGAAACUGGACUUCGGGGAGCGGACUAGACCUGACAGGCUCGUGAGGAAAAUAAUAAAAAGACCGAAACAUUAACAUUUUGACAGGGGACAAACAUAUUAUGUCACUCUUUGUACACACAGGUGAGAGUUUAUAAAGAUGGGUUUUGUUUUUUUUGUGGGUUUUUUUCUGUUUUGUUUGGGGUUUUUUCCCCACAGCACGGAGUGAGUGAAUGCCAGAAUCCAUGAGUUUCCACUCGUGUUGCAGGACUGACUGGACGGAACUGGAUGGUAGCAUCAAUAUACACCUGGUUCUUUUCAUAGGUCUUUUCUCGUCACAUAUUACUAAACAUAUAUCUCAUCUGUUCAUCUUUAUUGUCAAUGUCUUUUUUUUUUUGUUAUGGAUUUGUCAAUGCCAAAUUCUGUCUUUGGGCACUGAAGUUGUAGAACAUGGCUUUUGAAUGUGUUUUAUUUUCUAAAGAGAUUUUAUUGUCUCCAUCGUGAGUGUGUUGAGCUGUUUUGCAUAUGACGCGUUGGCUGUUUUCUGUUUGUGUCCCUGCCAUAAAGGACGAUAUACCAGUGGCCGCAUAUGUGAAGAUGGGUUUUUUAUGCUCUGCCACACCUAUUUCAGAUGUUCUGGUGGUUCAUAAUUGCUUUGUUUAUGCUGUGUUUGUGAAGAGUUUCAUUCAAAAAUUGCCUAAAAACACUGACACUAUCCUCCACAAAUGACAUGAAAAUGAAUUUUAUUCUUAUCAUAUUUGCCUAUGAUAAUAUUUAUGUUGUGGAGAAACUUUAUUGUAAUAAUUCAUGGCUUUAAUAAAAAAAAUCACUCUAAAAACUCUUCAGAAACACAAAGAUUUAAAGAUUUUUAUCAUGUGAUGAAAGCAGAGAUGGGCUUGCUUUGACCCAGGAUUUUCAAAUUUGAGGUAUGAGUUUAUUUUUAAAGGGGACCUCUUACUCUGACGUCCAUGUCCAUGUAUUCUGUUGUAAUGGACUCCAUUACAAUAGUUUUGCCUAAUUCACAGUUCAGAAUUAUCCUUUUUACCUUCUACUGGACCUUGGUGUAGUUCUAGUUGAUCCAGUGACUUAAACAAGCUCUCCCUCUGCUGUUAUGCCAGCUUUCCUUUUAUUGUGUGGCUCCCGCAAACAAACAAUCUGUGGGCGGAGCUUCUGUGCUCAAAUGACUGUAUAAGGAGGUUUCGGCUUUCACUGACAUCAUACAGAGCCAAGAAAUGAAAAAACCUUUUGGAAACAAAGUGUUUAGAUGAAGCCUGAGCUUCUGGCUCAGAUGGGCCACCAUAACAUAUCCCGAUGUCAUUAAUUGAAUCGGCACCAUUAUAACAGUUUAUAAAUAUAUCAGAAAAUAAGAAGUUUAAUAGAUCCCCUUUAAUGUGUUUACAUGAGCCAGCUGAAAAAUAAACAGUACUCCAGAACUACAUGGGACUGUGAGAUAUCGGUUACACGGCCAUAUUAAAUUAGGAACUACUGGUGUGCUACUUUGGUGUGCUACAUAGCCAUUUAAUCCCCAUGCAAUAAGGUGAUGGGCAAGGAUACUGUAUGUUUUUUCCAUCUGUUUUUUUCUUCACUGAAAUACAGUCAAAGUGGGAAUGCAGUGGGUAUCAGAUGUGGUUAUUUCUGCUGUGACACCCUGUUCAUCAGAUCAUCACACUACCUGUAUCCAUCGCAUGUCAAAGUAGAUGCGUUGAUAUAGCGUAGCUGGUCAUAUUACCUUAACCGUGGCAGAUCAAUGUGCAACCUAAUCAUUUUAAAGGGGCCUUAAAAAGAACUCACUGGUGUAUAAGCAAGACUUUGGGUGUUAAGCCAUUCCCAUUUCAAACAGACAUCACACACAUCUGUAUCCAGCUCUUUAUACAGUGGAGGUAUAUAUGCCGUUAGGUUUUCAGAUUCUAAUGUAAGAUGGUGGUGUUACUGGUUUAGAGCAGCACCUCUAACUUGACGCUACAUUUCAGAGCUGUAAACAUUCACACUGGCCUGUGCUAAUGUGUGGCAGAGCUGUGCUGUUUUGGCAUCACAGUGUUUGGUUAAAGGUCACUGUGUGUGUGUGUGUGUGUGUGUGUGUGUGUGUGUACGCGCCUGUAUGUGUGUGUAUGUGUGUGUGAAGUGGCUUCAUGUUAGCCACCAGGAAGAAUUUUGGGGAUGUUUUAAGAAGAGGAGGGGAAGGGGUCUUUUUCAUGUGAAUUGAUGAGGUCGUCUUUGUUAGUUUGGAUACUUUUUUUUUUUAAUAUAAAUAUAUAUAUAAAGGAAUUAAUGCAAAAAAAAAGAAGCAUAAGGCUAGAAUGUAUGUGUAGGGGAGUACUGCUGUCCUGUUAGUUCAUACCAAUAUUUUAAGUGAAUAAAAAGUUGUGUUUCCAUA